CGCGCCGCUGCUGAUCACGCUGUGACGGUGUGGAGGUUCGGACCAGGUUCUGUUUACUUCGGACCAUGAAGGCAGGAGGCAGCGGUAAGAAGAAGGCGGGCGUACCGGGAGCAGCGGCUGCUGACCCGGUUCGGUGCUUCGAGAAGUGGAAGAAGAAGCACACGAAGACCCGCGCGCUGCUGAAGCAGCAGCAGAAGAAGAAGAAGAAGCCGCAGUGGCAGCAGGAGAAGGAGGACAUCCAGCGGCUGCUCAGCAGGUAUGAAGACAUCAGAACCGAGGAGGUUCUGAAGUUCUCCGACCUCCCGCUGUCCAGGAAGACGCUCCUGGGUCUGCAGGAGGCCCGGUACCGCCAGCCCACCGAGAUCCAGAGGCAGACCAUCGGCCUGGCUCUGAGGGGCAGAGACGUUCUGGCUGCGGCCAAGACCGGUUCUGGAAAGACCCUGGCCUUCCUGGUUCCGGUCCUGGAGAGCCUGUACCGGCAGCAGUGGACCCCUCUGGACGGGCUGGGGGCUCUGAUCAUCUCCCCCACCAGAGAGCUGGCCUACCAGACCUUCGAGGUUCUCCGCAGGGUGGGUCGGAACCACGAGUUCUCCGCCGGGCUGGUGAUCGGGGGGAAGGACCUGAAGAGCGAGUCGGCCCGGAUCUGCAGAACCAACAUCGUGAUCUGCACGCCGGGCCGCCUGCUGCAGCACAUGGACCAGACGGCCAGCUUCCAGGCCAGCAGCCUGCAGGUGCUGGUUCUGGACGAGGCGGACCGGAUCCUGGACAUGGGCUUCGCCGAAACCCUUAACGCCAUCGUGGAGAACCUGCCCGCCACCCGCCAGACCCUGCUUUUCUCCGCCACGCAGACCAAGAGCGUGAAGGACCUGGCCCGGCUCAGCCUCCGGGACCCGGAGUACGUGUGGGUCCAUGAGAAGGCCCGGUUCAGCACCCCGGCCACCCUGGAGCAGAGCUACGUGGUGUGUGAGCUGCACCACAAGGUGGACAUGCUCUACUCCUUCAUCAGGAGCCACCUGAGGAAGAAGAUCAUCGUGUUCUUCGCCUGCUGCAAGGAGGUGCAGUACCUGUACCGGGCCUUCUGCCGCCUGCGGCCCGGCACGCCCGUCCUGGCGCUGCACGGCAAGCAGCAGCAGAUGAAGAGGGUGGAGGUCUACGACAGCUUCGUGAAGAAGAGCAGCGCCGUGCUGCUCGCCACCGACCUCGCCGCCAGAGGCCUGGACUUCCCCGCCGUCAACUGGGUGGUCCAGUUCGACUGUCCGGAGGACGCCAACACCUACAUCCACAGAGUGGGCCGCACGGCCCGGUACCAGCAGGGAGGGGAGGCUCUGCUCCUGCUGCUGCCCUCCGAGGAGGCGGCCAUGCUGGCCCAGCUGGAGGAGAAGAAGGUUCCCAUCAGCCGCAUCCAGGUGAACCCAGACAAGCUGCAGAGCGUGCAGCAGAAGCUGGAGGCCUUCCUGGCCCAGGAGGCGGAGCUUAAGGAGCGGGCCCAGCGCUGUUUCGUCUCCUACCUGCGCUCCGUCUACCUGAUGACCAACAAAGACGUCUUUGACGUCUUCAAGCUGAAGCUCCAGGACUACGCUCUGUCCCUGGGACUGGCCGUGGCCCCCAGGGUCCGGUUCCUCAGCAAAGCCCGGGAGCAGAGGGCCCAAGAACGUCUGCAGAACCUUCAGGCCCGGCCGGACGGCGAGGAGGAGGACGAAUCCCCAGGAGACCGCAGCGAGGAUGACGAGGAUCUGAGGGACCUGGAUCUGCUGACUGUCAAGAGGAGGGAUGUGUUCAGUGAGACAGGGGCCCCUGAGGAGGCAGGGCCCCCCACCCAGGGGCCCAAGCAGCCCGCGGCCAAAGAGAGCCGGUACCGGGAGGCCAAGAAGCUCCUGAAGAGAAACUUCCAGAUCAACACCAAGGUGACCUUCAACGAGGAAGGAGAGGCGGUGCAGCUGUGGCCCCCGGCGCCACAGGCGGCGGGACAGGAGGAGGAGCAGGAGGAGGAGGAGGAGCAGGAGGGCAUCAACGUGGAGAAGGCCAAGGAGAGGCUGAGACGGGAGGACCAGCAGUUCGACAAGCUGGAAUACCGACGCAAGGUCCAGGCCAAACACCGAGAGAGGAGGAUGAAGGCCAAGGAGGCGCGCAGGGAGGCCAGCAGGAGGAGGAGGUCCGACCAGGAGCAGGAGGCCGGAGCUCAGCUGGCCAGUCACAGCGAGGACGAGUUCGACUUCAGCGCCCUGCCUGACCCCGACCCUUCAUCAGAAGAGGAGGAGGAGGAGGAGGCGCAGAGGAAGAGGAGGAAGACUGAGCAGCAGGAGGAAGAGCAGACAGGCCUGGAUACCGGCCUGACCCUGGCUGAGGAUGAGGAGCUGGUCCUUCAUCUGCUGGCGGGACGCCACUAGGGACAGGAGGGGGAGGGGAGGUCCACA